ACACUCGCGGCACAGCGGGGCACACAGCUGCUGGCGUCACCACCGAGCGACCUUCAUUCCCAAAUCUUAACAUGGUUUUCAUUUGCCUGCAGCUCAAAGACAAAACAUGGCUCUGUCAAGGGCACUCUUCAUUGAGCGAAUACUAGUUUUUAACUGCUGGAGUCGCGCAUGAGUGGCAGAGGACAACAUGCCAACCAGUGGCGCAGACUCGCUCAAACCCAGCGCCUUCAUCCCGGUGUGCACCGCUGCAUGUCUCCUUUUUGGAUCCACGUCUCUCUUCUUUGUCUUUACAUGUCCGUGGCUGGCAGUGACCAUCUCUCCAGCUGUUCCACCAUGCUGUGCUGUCAUCUUCCUGUUUGUGCUGGCCAAUUUCACCAUGGCAACUUUCAUGGAUGCGGGUGUGCUUCCUAUAGCAAACGAGGAUGAAGACAAGGAGGAGGAGUUUCGUGCACCACUUUACAAAAAUAUGGAUGUGAAUGGAGUCCAGGUUCGGAUGAAGUGGUGUGGCUCAUGUCAUUUCUAUAGACCACCGCGAUGCUCCCACUGCAGUGUUUGUGAUCACUGUGUGGAGGACUUUGACCAUCACUGUCCAUGGGUGAACAACUGCAUUGGGAGGAGGAAUUACCGUUACUUCUUCUUGUUUCUCUUGUCACUGACACUUCAUAUGGUUGCUGUGUUGACUUUUGGUCUCAUAUACAUCAUGAACAACUCAGAUGAGCUGUGGGAGCUGCACUGCACAGUCACUUUGGUGGUGGUUAGUAUAUCAGGACUAUUUCUUAUUCCUGUGUUGGGACUCUCUGGGUUUCAUUUGUACCUGGUUUCUAGAGGCCGCACCACCAAUGAACAGGUAACAGGCAAGUUUCAAGGCGGAGUAAAUCCUUUCACCAGAGGCUGUUGUAAAAAUUUGGAGUAUUUGGUUUGCAGCCCGAUUUCUCCAAAAUAUACUGGAAGACCUUUUAAAAAAAACACAAUUCAAGUUCAGCCACCAUUCCUUCGACCAGAGAUUGAUCGGCAGUUACCUGUAAAACUCAAGGACAACGGGAUACAAGAUGUGCAGAAAAAUUGUUCAUCAUCUGGAGCUGUUGAACUGUCAGACUUAAAACAAUUGAAACCUCCACCUCCUCUCCCUCCCAAACCAGAGCAUGGACUCCUCAAGAGCCAUUUGGCAGCUUUAGACAAAAUGGGACACCACACAAAAUCCAUCAUUCCCGUGUCCAUCCCCACUGUCCCACAACUGCGUCCAGUUUUGGAGGCCAUUUCCAGAGGAUCCUCACCCAUCCCCCCAGAACAGUUGCUGAAGGCAUCUGAGCAACAGACAAAUGGACGAAGUCCUGAGAGGUCCCGAGAAAGUCCAGUGAAAGCUGCACAGCCAGGCUACAUGACCACCUUAUCUCAAAGCAGCCUGCACACCAGCACCAUGCCAGGUUCACUACCUCUCAGCUCCCUGACUCUCAACUCACGCUCUCUCAAUCUCAAACACAACAGUCGUCACGGCAACAAAUCCCAGCUGCCGGGUUUUGACGCUCUGGGCUCAAACCCACAACCCGGUAUUAUGCCAACAUCUAAUAUCUUCCCCAACCACAGCAGUCUCUCCUAUGACAACCUCAUGAGCUCCCCUGACCCACAGCCUCUGGCUCAGAGAGGCGGAGCCACUAUCAGCUACCAUCCACACUUCAUGACCUUAGCCUCUGACGGGACCCUAGUGCAGAACUUCCCGCCCCCACAUGCUUACAGCCCUGUCUUCAUGGGGGUAGCCCGACAGUCGCCGCAGCCCAGAGACCCAUCACCUUCUUUGCAGGCUCUCAGCUCCCGGGACCCCUCUCCUUCAUUCCCAGGUUUUUUACAGAGAGACACUUCCCCUUCCUUUCCAGGUCUCAUGGCGAGGGACCUAGUAUCUCAGAGCAUAACCACACGCGAUGUCCCCCCUCCUUCUGCGGCCGCACGCUAUGACAACUUUUCAAAAACAAUCAUGGCGUCUAUUCAUGAGAGGCGAGACAUGGAUGAGCGUGACAGGAUGUUUCGGCUACAUGGAAGACCUCAGCCUCUUAUUGGUACAGAGAUGGGAAUUUAUGACAUUCCAAAUAGAAGAAGUCUUCCACCAGAAAAUAUUAGGCACAUAGGCUCUCGUGGGCCUACCCCUCCUGCUUAUGGAUCCAGGGAGUUCCUCAUGAGCACAGGUAUUUUGGGUUAUGGCAUCAGGAGCUCACCACUCUCCAGUUCUUCCACUUCGUCUUUGACCCGUGGUCCUAGAACAUCCACAUCUCCCCUUCAGAGCAGCAGUAGUAGCAGCCUACAAACCAAAGGCAGGACAUCGUCUCCACUGUUUGGUCCGGCUGACAGACAGACUCAGCCCCUGCCCACCUCCACAGCCACACUCCCCCGCAUGCCUCCGCUCUCCUCUGCCCCGUCCUAUGCUACAUAUGCCACAGCUAAACGCUCCUCGCUCACAUAUGCCACUGAGCAGAAGGACUCUUCUGGAACCCUCAAAUGAAACUGAUCCAUGUCUGUGGUGUGAAUGAAUCAUCUAUGCAGUGUUAAUCUCAGUCCUCACAGCUUCCUAAUACUUUCUUAAUAAGUGGACAUUUGGGGUUUACAUAUGUAGGAGUGCGACAAGCAAACUAAUAAUAAAAAAAAAAAAAAAAGACUUUACAAUACUCAUGCACAUAUGGGUGAUUCUCAGGAUCAACAUGUCUCCCCGUUCAGAGGGGAGCUAUUCACACAAACCGUUUGUAUUUGUUUUGUACUUUUGUGAUAUUGUAAUACUUUACAUGACCACAUUAUUUACUUUGUCUUGCCUCUGAAAAACCCUGUUGAAGAAUUUUGUAGUAGUUUAUAUGAAUAAUAAAAUCAUUUUGUAAUUUUA